GGAGCGGCAGCUUCGGCUUCGGCUUCGGCUUCGGCUUCGGCUUUGACUGCGGAGCAAGAGGCCGUCUUUGAGCAGAUCGCGCAUGAGCAAGGGGACUCCGAUCAGGAGGACGAGGUGGAUGAGGAGGCAGAGCAAGAAGUUGAUCUGAGCAAGCAUGUCGACGAGGCGACGUGGCAAGCUGCUUAUGGAGGCUGGUGAUUACGAAGCCUCGGCCGUUGAACUUGCGGCAGUAGCUGAACUGUGUGCAGAUGAUGGUUCGAACCCCGACGCCAGCUAUGAGUAUGCCAAAAGGCUGGAACAGCUGAGUGGUGUGCAGACGGCAGCCAAGCAGUUUGAUGAGGCCCGUGACACCCUGAAGACAGCCAUUGGCCUACUGUCACGCGUUGCCAAUGACAAGCCCGACAACGAGGCGCAGCUACGCCAACUGCUUAAGUCCUUGACGCAGCGUCAUGAUGAGAUUGACGCGUUGAAACGGAUACAAAAAGAAGGCACAUCGGAGCAGCAGCAAGCGGGGUUUGAUGCCCCCUCGGCACAGGGCACUGCGCGCGAUGUAACGGCCACGUUGGUCAAGCGUAAAAAGUCCAGUUCGGCAACCUCAGUGGAGCCCAAGCGCAGCAAGUCGGAUGCGAGCUGAGGAGGAUCUGACCACCUUGAGUUGAAGCCUCUUUGAGGCACGCUUUCGUACAUCGCUGCGCUCUAGCCCAUCAGUGCGAACGCGUAGAAGUAGAAGCCUGGUGGGAUAGCUGGUCUUGCACCAAUGCAAGUUUGCUCCGGCCCUCAAGGUGGCGAGUGUGGCCGAGGCGCAUGCUGCCGGGCAGCACGUGGUGUUUCAGCCUCGCCUGGGACCCGCUAACACGCAUACACACGGUCUGCCGCCUUCUGUGGUUGGCUUGCUCUUGAACAUGCAGUGUGAUUUGUAACAAAGCCUUCAUCAAGAGACAUGUGGUUGUGUUGGUGUCGUUUUUGUUUUUGUUUUUCGCUUUUUUUUUGUUUUGCAUGGUUUGCUUGCUUUGUGUUGUGUUCAUUCCCUGGGCCUUCGCCUGUUGCCAUGUUUGACACUGGCACUGCCUUCGAGAGGAGAAAAGACAUCAGGAAUCGAGAAGUGAAGAAG